AAAAGCCUUAGCCCUAGGAUCUGAUUAGGCAUAACCAGAAGGCUGUGCAGAGGGAAAGAUGUGCAAGACUUCCCUGCUGCCCAAAGUUCUGACUUUGGGGGUCCUGGGCCUCCUGAUUCCAGCCCAAGGGCAUAAUACUGAUGACCUCAUCAGGACCACUGAGUCUGGACAGAUCCAAGGGACUCACAUCAGUGUCAAGGGGACUGACAAAGGUAUCAAUGUUUUCCUGGGAAUCCCCUUUGCCAAACCUCCUGUUGGGGACCUGAGGUUUUCUCCUCCACAACCAGUGGAUUCAUGGAGCAAUGUGAGAGAUGCAACUUCUCAUCCAUAUAUGUGUUUACAGGAUGCCGCUGUCCUAGGAAAAAUACUGAAGUCUCUGAAAAUAAACUUCCCUAUCACUGGCAAGUCUGAAGACUGUUUGUAUCUCAAUAUCUACACUCCUGACCAUGCAAAGGAGGGGGCCAGAUUGCCAGUGAUGGUUUGGAUCCAUGGUGGUGGUCUUGUCUUGGGUUCUGCCUCCAUAUAUGAUGGUUCAAUAUUGUCUGCCUCCCAGAAUGUGGUAGUGGUCACCAUCCAGUACAGACUAGGCAUCCUUGGAUUCUUUAGCACUGGGGAUGCUCAUGCCCCUGGCAACUGGGGUUACCUGGAUCAAGUGGCUGCCCUGAGGUGGGUCCAGAAGAACAUCGCCCACUUUGGAGGAGAUCCUGGCCGUGUGACCAUCUUUGGCGAGUCUGCCGGGGGAACUAGUGUUUCCUCACACGUUCUGUCUCCCAUGUCCAAAGGCUUGUUCCACAGGGUGAUCAUGGAGAGCGGUGUGGCCCUCCUCCCAGGCCUGAUUUCUUCCAGCUCAGAAAUUGUUGCAAAUGUUGUUGCCAAUCUGUCUGCUUGUGAGAGACAUAGUUCUGCUUCCAUGGUUCAAUGCCUCAGGACCAAAACUGAAGAGGAGAUCCUGGCCAUUGGCAAGCAUUUCCCAAUAAUCCCUGGAGUAGUUGAUGGACAGUUCCUGCCCAAACACCCUGAAGAGUUGCUGGCUAUGGGAGAGUUCCACCAAGUCCCUUCCAUCAUUGGUGUCAACAACCAUGAGUAUGGUUGGCUUAUUCCUGCGGAAAUGGGCAUUGCUGGAUUUAAGGAAACCAUGAAUAAAGGAAGUAUCCAAUCAUUACUGCAGAAUCCACUGUGGGGUAUUCCUUCUGAACUUCAGCAUUUGAUGAUGGAAGAGUAUUUAAAAGAUAUUGAGGACCCUAGAGAACUUCGAGCUCAAUACCAGGAAAUGAUGGGGGAUUUGAUCUUUGUUAUUCCUGCCCUCAAAGUAGCCAAGUAUCAACACAGUCCCAGCUCUCCAGUCUACUUUUAUGAAUUUCAGCACCGUCCAAGCAUACUUAAGGAUGUCAAACCAGAUUUUGUGAAAGCAGACCAUGCUGAUGAGCUGCCUUUUGUCUUUGGAGCUCCUUUCUUAUGGGAGGAAACAGAAGAUGAAAAGCUCCUGAGCCAUAGGAUAAUGAGUUACUGGGCAAACUUUGCCCGCCAUGGAGACCCAAAUGGGGCAGACCUUUUGCACUGGCCUGUCUAUGACCAGAAGGAAGAAUACAUGCAGCUGAAUUUGCAGUUGUCUGUGGGAAAGAGACUGAAGUGGGAUAAGUUGGAGUUCUGGACCAAGACUGUGCCUCAGAAGAUGAAGGAAUCAGGGCCUGAAAAAGCCCGGGUGGAGUUGUGAUCCCUAAGCAUAACGAUUUUAGCAAUUGUUGCAGUCCAAUAACCCCCAGUCAUUUCCUUUGAGUAGUUCCCCAGUCCCAGCUAAAGUUUACUGGAGUUUAGAGUCAAAUAUUCUGACUCUCGGUCACUACUACUGUUGGAGAUGAAUUUAACUGUUAUUCAGAAGGGAAAAACUCAUUUACAACAUGCUUACUGUAUGCCAGGCGCUGUGCUAAGAAAACGCUUUUAUAAAUUUUACCUCAUUUGAAGGGAACCUUCCAAUUUUGAGACCAUGGGAAUCCAAUGAGACCAGCCAGUCUACCCUGUCUCUAGAGAAAAAAAUCCCUAGUUCUUUUCACAGCAUUAUAGUGGAGGUGGUUUCAUUUUCACCCUUUGUAUCUCUAGGGCACUUGGUUGGUAGGUAAAAGUUAAUGAUUAUUAACUGACUGAAUGAUUGAUUUAGAGCUGGAAGAGAUGUUGGAAAUCAUUGAACAAGGAUAAACAUUGAGGCCCAGAGAAGGGAAAGGACUGAUCCAAGGUAAUGCAGACACUAGUCAGGUCCUCUGACUUCAAAUCUGAGACUCCUGUUAAUACACUGAGUUGCUUCCAGGGACCAGUGAAAAUAGCAGACAUCUCUCUCCUGAAUUAUCAUUAGUGAGUGUUUUCCAGACAACAUUUUUGUGAGGAGAUAAUGUGGUGCACUAAGGAUCCCCAAAACAAUACUUCAAGAUAAUAAAGCAAAUCACAUGAUGCCUUACGUGCAGAGGAGCAGCAUAGAGAGACAAUAUCUCUGAGCCCAAAUUCAAUGUGUUUUUCCUAGAGGAUUUCUUUUAUAUAGAAAAAAUAGCAAAAUCAAAGGAAAUGCUUCCUCUACUAUGACUGCUCAUGCUAACAAGCUAUUUCACAAUAACUAUACAUUUUACUAACAGGAUACAGGCAGGGAUGUUCUUGGAAAUAUUUAACAAUCAGCUCUCUGAAAACCUCACAAGACACACUUUUAUGUUAUAUUAUUCACAUUUUCUCCAUCACUUCAUUAAAUAUACAAAUCUACAAACCAAUGACCCAAGCUCUAAUUUCUAAUGGAUGCCAAUUUCUAAGGUAUAAAUGCUCAUGCUGAAAGUUUAACAACCAGCUCUGGUACAAAUUGGCUCCAGCACAUCCCUGGAUACAGGGAGAAUAAAACAUUCUUUGUUAAGAAAUAUUGGGCUGUUAAAACCUCUUUUGCCAAUAAGAGGCUUCUGAUUAAGAAAACAAGACAUAAUUGAUGUGGUGUUCAGAGGAUUAAGGCAGUAUAUAGGUGAUAUAGAUAAUAAGUGCAGCUGAGUGGCCAGGUCACCUCAUAUCUGGAACUUGAAAAUAGCCUGUGGUUUAAUUUCCCUUGCCUCAGUUUUCUUCCUACUCCAACCCAUCCUCCAGUCAUAUCUGACAAUGUCAGGCCUUAGUUGAUAAUUACUCCCUUUUGUGUACUCUUUGAUCCGGUCAUAGCGACCUCUUUGGUGUUCCUGAAACAAGACACAGCAUCUCUGGACUCUGGGCAUUUUCUCUGGCUAUUCCCCAUUAUUGGAAUGCCUUCCUCCCUCAUUUGUACCACUGGGCUCCCUUCAAGUCUCAGCUAAAAUCUCCCCUUUUGUAGGAAGCCUUUGCAGGAUGCCCCUUAAUGCUGGUGCCUUCUUGCUAUUGAUCAUCCCCAAUUUGCUUUGUAGAUAUGUUGUAUUUACAUAGGUGUUUGCAGGUUAUCUCCCUUCAUUAGACUGUGAGCUCCAGGAAGACAGUUUUUUAACCUCUUUUUGUAUUCCCAGUGCUUGAGUGCCUGAUGGAUGGUGUGUCCCUCAUAAAUACUUAAAUCGUCACCCACUAGCUAAAUGUCCCUUUGCCUGUUGGAAUGUCUUUUUUCACUGUGAACUCAGUUUAAAUGAUAAAAAUGACACCACUGAC